CCCCCCCCCUUCUCUCUCUGGCAGGUUUACAUAGCUGAGGGUAUAAGCUGCUGUCUAUUUUUGGAAUUCAUAGUGGCCAUUUUUUUCUCGUUCGCUCGCUUGGUAUUCUUCCCUUUUGUGUUGAUUGAGAUUUUUAGAGCGAUAUGUGCUGUUUUUAUUCAUGUCAGAGGAAGGUUUGUCCAAGCUACGAGCAUCGUAGCAGCUCAUUAAUCGCCACCGUAUAGAUUUUCGCUUCUCAAUGGAACACAUCUUCACACUCGCUGCGAGAGACUGGAGCACAGUUUGCAUUUGCUUCGCAUCUGCGUUCCCAUCCAUGAGCGAGGGACAUUUUAUAAAUGAAGAUUUGAAAAACAAAACAAAAAAGGAAGUAGCCCACCGGCUGGGAGACAACCCUGUCGGUCUGUAACGCUGGGGGCUCAGGCAACACAUUAUCAGGGACCGAGCCGUCCUUGUUCACGCCCUGGACCCUGGACAGCUUGGAAGCGCGUCCAAUUUAUGACCGUAUUUGCUCAGCAGCAAGGGGGGUCAAGGUAUGAUACAUGGAUCUCACAAGAAGAGCCGAAUAAGUAGAAGGUUUGACUUCUUCCACAAUUGAGAAACUUUGGUCCUCUCAAAGCUCUUUGUUUUGAUCAAUCAAAGAGCUUUCCCCCCACUGCUUCCCACUGCUAACCCUUGUGCAGACAUCAUGGGUACGGUGCUGUCUCUGUCUCCCAGCUACCGCAAGGCUGUGCUGUUUGAGGACGGCCCAGCCACUGUAGGCCACUACACAGCUGUCCAGAACAGCAGAAACGCAAAAGAUGCUGCUGCAGCAGCCGGAAAAUCCCUCAAACGCCCCUCUAUCAUCAGUGUGUUGCCAUGGAAACGCAUUGUGGCUGUAUCGGCAAAGAGGAAGGGCUCCAAGAAGUUGCAGGCAGAUGGCGGGGAUGGUGGGAAAGGGAGCCCUCUGGAUGGCCAUGCCACAGCCACGGCCAACUCAGCCUCCAGUAGCCUGAAGCUGAAGAAGUCUCAGUCCUGUGCUAACCUUUCCUCUUACUCCUCAAGCCAGGACACUACCACCACUACCUCCUCCAACCUGCCCAUCUCCAAGACCUUGGCUAAUGUAGCUACUGUUGCUGCCAAAAAGAAUUCCCUCACAGGUUCCGGGAUCCAAACGUCUACUGCAACGGGCACACCAAAACGUGUCAUUGUCCAGGCCUCCACCAGCGAACUGAUGCGCAGCCUGGGUGAGUUCCUGUGCCGCCGGUGCUACAGACUGAAGCGUUUAUCUCCGACCGACCCGGUGCUGUGGCUGCGCAGCGUUGACCGCUCCCUCUUGCUACAGGGCUGGCAGGAUCAGGGCUUCAUCACUCCAGCUAAUGUGGUCUUCCUCUACAUGCUGUGCCGUGAUGUGGUCUCAUCCGAGUUGACCUCAGAGCGCGAGCUGCAGGCUUCACUGCUUACCUGCCUUUACCUUUCCUACUCCUACAUGGGCAACGAGAUCUCCUACCCCCUGAAGCCCUUCCUGGUUGAGGCGGAGAAGGAAGCCUUCUGGGACCGCUGCCUAGAGAUCAUCAACCGCAUGAGCGGCAAAAUGCUCCAGAUCAACACCGACCCGCACUUCUUUACCCAGGUGUUUGCUGACUUGAAGAACGAGAGCAAGAAAGAAGAGGAGAAGACCAAACUCUUCAUAGGGCUUGACCGAUAGAGGGAGCUGGGAGGGGGAAGGAAGGAUGGAUGGAUAGAAAAAGGAGUUAAUAGGUUGAGAAUGGAUGGUCUAAUGUAAUGCAGCGUAGGGAUACCUUGGUGCAGGACUGUUGUCUGGUGUCUCUACUAGUAAUCAUUUACCUAAUGCCCUGUUUGUAACCCAGAACAAAGAGCUUUUGGGAGUAACCACUGCGUUUUAAUCAUCUGAAUUUGGGUAAUGAGCAGGGCCACAUGGAAUCUGAAGACGCACAAUUCUUCAAAGUUUUCCGCAUAUUUUCUUCAUAUUUUAAACAAAUAAAGAAAAAUGUAGCUUAUCUCUACCCAAACCAGCUUAAUUCUGCAGAUUAUCAUUUUGGAUCAUUGCUGAAAAUUGUAAAAAAAGAUUCUAUUAACUAACAGACAGAGGCACUAACUAAUCUGUGUCUCGCCUGAAGGCAGAAAUUGGCCUACAGGGAACCUUAACCACAGCAAUGCCGAUCAAACCACAGUUGCUGUAGGGUGUGGCCACAGCAUCCUUAGCCACAUUAUUGGACAUGAUUGGAUCUGAUUAGAUUCUCAGGGGUGACAGGCUAUUCAAUGCCUGGAUACACAGGCACAGGAUUUGACAAUAACAAGCUUUAAGUUAGAGAUCCCAUAAUUUGCUUUUUAAGGACAAUGUAAUUGAUAACACAGACGGAUCUUUUAGCAAACACCUGGCCAAUAGGGCUGGUGCUGUGCAUGUCCAGACGGAAUCUGCAGAUCUCAGAUAUCCUCAGACUUUUCUCAGAUUUUCCAAAGAUUUUCAACAAACUAAAAAAAAUAAGACAUAAUGUUAACACAUUCACGGGAAGCAGAAAAAACAGUCCAUUAAGUUCCACAGAUUGUCCAGAUUUUAAAUGACUAAAAAAUGUAAUAAUGAAACAUAUAUCAUAAUGUUAACAAAUGUCCACUGCAACCAGAAAUUCUGCAAAUUUUUCCGCAGAAUUUCUACAGAUUUUAAAAGAAUUAGUGAAAGAAAAAACAGUCCGCUACAUUCUGCAGAUUUUUAUUCUGUAUCACCGCUUCAUUUGAGUCUGCAGAUGUGACAUUAACAGGCUGUGAGAAAGGGAUAGUUAUAAUUUUUACUUUUUGCCUCAGGCUGAGAGACAUGCAGCAGUCUGAACUGUACCUUGUUUCAGUGAGAUAAGAAAUGCAAUCAAUCACUGAAAUUAUUUUUCUCUCUGUUGAUAGAAAAACAUGAAUUGGUUUAGAAAUGCCAGACAACACUGAUUUAUGAAUUAAGGGUGAAUUUUAUAUAUAUAUAUAAUUCACCCUUAAUUCUUAAUUCAUAAAUAUAUAUAUAUAUAUAUAUAUAGUGUACUGAUAGGAUGAUAUUGUGAGAUAGCAUCUAGGCAUUUCCGCUAUAGAGAAAUGUCCUGGUAAUAAAAAUCAAAAAACACCUUGCAAGGUCACUUCAUAUGUCGUUGCAUAUGACCACCUGCUUAUUGCCAAUUCCACUUUCCCCUAUUGCUUUAGCUAAUUGCACUCCCCAACACUGGCUGUGAGGUCCACUGUUGAAACUUUAAAACCAUUAAAUAAUACAACAACAUGGAUGAGCUAGAAUCGACCACAACCCAACUGGUUGGCAAACUUGUGAGGCUGUGAAAUUUAAGUCGCUCUUUGGCAUAAUUGUACUGUAGUGGAUUAAUUUGUCCACAUCUUACAUAAAGUGCUGUACUAUAAGAGGGAACAUUUGGGUUUAUCUAGUCCAAUCUGCUGUGAUUUUGGAGAUCAGUUAUUUAUUUGAAAUGUUUAUAUGAAAUGCUUAAUCUGUGUGCAAGCUAAUCCCUUGCACACAGGUUAUUAAUCAUUAAACAUGCCCUUCUCUAAGAUGUUUACAUUUACAAAAAUAUGGGAAAAUGCAAUAAUGACCACACCAAGGCAUAUAUUACACUGGAUAUGAUUUCAUUCCUUCCUGCACCCCUUGCAUUUCUCCUGCAGUCCAUAAUGGUGCUGUCCUGAGUGACCACAGAGAGAGAGAGAAAGAAAGAAAGAAAGA